UUUACUUGUGAUAAUGGAUGAGGAUAUGAUGGUGUGGUUUUUGUUUAUUUAAUUAUUUUUCAGUAUUUGACUAUGAUCCCAGUGAUUGUUGGUAUGUGUGUGGUAGUAUGUGAAGAAGUGAAGUGAAGUGAAGUGGGGUGGAGUGGAUUGUGAUUGUGGAGGUUUUUAUUUUCGGUUUGGUUAUUUGGAUGAGUGUUUAGCGUGUUGAUGAUGAGUGAGUGGAUGGUGAGAGGAUGUGCUAACUCAUUUGCGGUUAGAGUUUGUAAACUGUGGAACUCCCUUCCCUUAGUCGUUGUUGCAGUGCCAUCUCCUGAUACUUUUAAAAGGGGGUUCGAAGCACAUCUAGUGUCUUUUGGUGACGAUGGAGGUGUAUUCGAGAAACCUGUCAUCUACAGACCAGCAGGAGCAAUACAACCUUAAGACCACGAUGAUUACCAAUCGAUUAUCUCUUGGAUUAUUGGCGGUUGAUGUAAGUGUCUGGUUUCUUGAGAUGAUGUUAGAAGAUGACAGGGAGUGAAUGAUUA